UCUGCCGAACUCAAACCUGCAGGACGAAUUCCGGGUCUGUAGCUGCGGCUGGGACCUGCAUCCCUGUUCUCAUUUAGUGGAUCCUGCAUUCUUCCGAGGCUGGAACCCCACAGCCCCUCACCUGCUGAUGGAGUUUUCAAGUCCUCCCAGAGGAGAAUGUUCCCGGCCUCUGGACAGGGCGGGUGUCAGGGCUGCCAGCCUCACGGGACUGCUGUUCCUUCAGGUGAUAUCGUGGGCAUCAGGUGCCCGGCCCUGCAGCCCUAAAAGCUUCGGCUACAGUUCGGUGGUGUGUGUCUGCAACGCCACGUACUGUGACUCUCUUGACCCCCUGACCCUGCCGGCCCCAGGCACCUUCAGCCGCUACGAGAGCACGCGCAGUGGACGCCGGAUGGAGCGGAGUCUGGGGGCCAUCCAGGCCAACCGCACGGGCACAGGCAUCGAGUACAACAUCAUCAGGGUCCCCAUGGCCAGCUGUGACUUCUCCGUCCGCACCUACACGUACGACGACACCCCUGAUGACUUCCAGUUACGAGACUUCAGCCUCCCCGAGGAGGACGUCAAGCUCAAGAUACCCCUGAUUCACCAAGCUCUGGCGCUGGCCCAGCGCCCCGUGUCACUGUUUGCCAGUCCCUGGACGUCACCCACGUGGCUGAAGACCAAUGGGGCCGUGAAUGGGAAGGGGUCGCUCAAGGGUCAGCCUGGGGAUAUCUACCACCAGACCUGGGCCAGAUACUUUGUGAAGUUCCUGGAUGUCUAUGCAGAGCACAAGCUACACUUCUGGGCAGUGACGGCAGAAAAUGAGCCUUCGGCAGGGCUGCUCAGCGGGUACCCCUUCCAGUGCCUGGGUUUCACACCCGAGCACCAGCGAGACUUCAUCGCCCGGGACCUGGGUCCCGCCCUUGCCAACAGUACGCACCGCGACACCCGUCUGCUCAUCCUGGAUGACCAGCGCUUGCUCCUGCCCCACUGGGCCCAGGUGGUGCUGGCGGACCCAGAGGCAGCUAAGUACGUGCACGGUGUGGCCGUGCACUGGUACCUGGACUUCCUGGCCCCAGCCAAGGCCACCUUGGGGGAGACACACCGCCUCUUCCCCGACAUCAUGCUUUUCGCCUCGGAGGCCUGUGUGGGCUCCAAGUUCUGGGAGCAGAGUGUGCGCCUGGGCUCUUGGGACCGGGGAGUACAAUACAGUCACAGCAUCAUCACGAACCUCCUGUACCACGUGGCCGGCUGGACCGACUGGAACCUUGCCCUGAACCCAGAAGGGGGGCCCAACUGGGUGCGCAACUUUGUGGACAGUCCCAUCAUCGUCGACAUCGCCAAGGACACGUUUUACAAACAGCCCAUGUUCUAUCAUCUCGGCCACUUUAGCAAGUUCAUCCCCGAGGGCUCCCAGAGAGUGGGGCUGCUGGCCAGCCAGAAGAACAGCCUGGAUGUAGUGGCGCUGACCCGUCCCGAUGGCUCUGCGGUUGUGGUGGUGCUGAACCGCUCCCCAAAGGAUGUGCCUCUCACCAUCGAGGACCCUGGCGUGGGCUUCGUGGAGACGCUGUCCCCGGGCCACUCCAUCCACACCUACCUGUGGAGCCGCCCAUGACAGAGCCUGGGUGUGGGCAUUAAAGGGGUACAGCCAGCUCACACACUGUCGGUGGCUGAGAGGACCUAGGCGGGCCGGGCCGAGCAUAGGUGACGUAAGCCCGGAGCAGUGGUUUGGGUGACUCACUCUCCCCAUGGCCGAUGCCUGGGGGGGCCCCUCGGGGAGGACAGGGAAGCCCCAGCGCCCUCCACCCCCGCCACGCACUGUGUGCCGGCUCCACGGAAACUGGGCCGGGGCCCAGAGUGAGCUCACCGUCUGUGCAAACACAGGCUGGGACUGGGGGGGUGGCUGGGGAGGGGAGGAGAUGGGGAGGGCCGGGCCCCACG